CUAUGAAAUUUCUCCGUUAUCAAACUUUGAAUGUUUUCCGCUACAAAAUUUCUUCUAAAACACGUGUAGCCAUAAAUCUUAUCAGUAAUAUACUGGCAAAUAGCAAUGCUGAAAUGCUGAAUAGUGAAUAUAGAAACAGAAGGCUUGUAUACCGAAUUCGUAGUUCGUACCAGUAUUGUAGUGUGUCCUCCAUAGUUGGUUAUAGCGUAAAAAAGUAAAUAUUAAAUAAUAAUUAAUAUUAAUAUUCCUUAGUCUCAUACUCACCGUCAAUGAGGCAUUUUACAUGUUCUGUGACUCGAUGCUCACGAUUCACAAUUCUGUCAAUUCAAUACCCCUAUUGCAUUAUCGUUAUUCGUGAACUAAUAACAAUUAACAAUACGAGACAUUUAAUUUUGCCACACUUUACUACUCAACAUUUCAACUACACUUAAAAUAUUUUUGAUAACGAAUAAACGUCUAUACCGUUUUUGAAGUUGUACAUUAUUUCCUUAUAAUAUCUUAUAUAUCAUACUAUUAAGAUUAUUGGCUUGGAGAUGAAAUAUUUUUCUUCGUCUAUGAUCAUGAUCACAACAUUAUUAAUUAUAUUUAUGGUGAUGUAUUCUUGAUUUAUACUCAUCUCAUUCUUCCACUUGCUAUUUUGAUUUGUGAGACGCUAGUCGCUGUAUACAUGUAAGUAGUCUGCAAAACUAGACAAAGUGACGAGAAUUGUGUACUAUGAAACUUAAAAUAAUCAUUGAAGCUGUUUCAGAAUUGUUCAAUUAGCUAAACAGUUAUAUAUUGGAUCAUUUAAAUAAUCUAUAGAUCUCAAAUAAUCAUGGCUGUGGAUUUAAAAGAAGUAAAAAUUAAUGUAAGGAGCUUGUUAACCAGUUCUCAAAAGCCACUCAGUAUUUUGCAGCUUCAAAAAGAUUACCGUGAACAAGAAGGAUGUAAUUUACCUUAUAGAAGUUUAGGUUUUAAUUCAGUCAUUGAAUUACUUCAAAAUAUGACAGAUGUUUUAACUGUCCCUCCAAAUCCAAAUGAGUCAUCUACAUUAUCUCUUGUUGUUGGUGAUAAAACCAACCACUUGAGAAUGCUUGUUGUUAAACAAAAAUCGAAUACUAAAAAGAAGAAGAAAGCUCAACCAAGUGUGAAUAAGCGAUAUGGAUUUCAAACAAAUUAUAAUGGAAAUAAAAAUUUUUCUGGACAUAACUCUUAUAAUAAAAUUAUGCCAACUAAAGUAAACAAUUAUGCAAGCAACAUAUCUCAAAAUACUAGAAGUUGUUUUCAUAGAUCCAAUAAUUCUUCUAUAAGUUAUAAUCAAUUAAAACAGUCAUCUUCAACAACUAGUAGACUUUAUUAUGAUUUAAAUAGAAAUGAUUUUAACCAAAAUGCAAAUUCUAGUACUGGUUGCAUGACAGAUAAAUUACGUUCUGAUAUAGAGAGAUUAUUACUUGAAAAUCAAAAGCCGAUGCUUUUAGAUGAGUUUAAAGUAAAAGUAAAACAGCAUCCUGAUUUUUCACUUUUGAAAAUAAACUGUCUGCAAGAUUUUAAAGACCAAGUUAAAGAUUUUUUAAAUAUAAAUGAUACAAGUGUUUCUUUAAAAAAUGCGCUACAAUCUAAAACUGAUAUAACCAGUUUACACCACAAUACAGAUGUACAAAUUAAACCUCUAAGGCGAUCGGAUGUUAAUAAAUUAUCAUAUAAUAAUUCAUUACCUAGUAUAUCAGCCAUAAAUCAUAUUAACGGUGAAGAUAAAAAUAUGAUAAAUUCAAAAAAAUAUGAAUGUAAUGAACAAAAUAUAGUGUCUGAUUUGUAUACACGGCUAACAGUUAAUGGAUUUCAAGAAGAUACAUCUCACAAUAAAAAUAAAAAUGAAUAUAUCAGUAGUAUAUCAGCCAUAAAUCAUAUUAAUGGUGAAGAUAAAAAUAUGAUAAAUUCAAAAAAAUAUGAAUGUAAUGAACAAAAUAUAGUGUCUGAUUUGUAUACACGGCUAACAGUUAAUGGAUUUCAAGAAGAUACACCUCAUAAUAAAAAUAAUAAUGAUAAUAAUUAUGAAAUGAAUUGUCAAAUAAAUGGAUCAAUCAAAUCUUCAAUUGACUAUAUAGACAAAUGUAAAAACCAAAGUAUGGUUAGAGUACUUGGAGAUAAUUUUUAUGAUUCAGAUAAAAACUCUGAUACUGCUAAAAUUAAUUUAUGGAAAAAUAUUGAAUUUGUAAAAAAACAAUCAGAAAAUAGAAUAAAUAAAAAUGUAGUUACAGAAAUUGUAAAUGGAAAGAAGUCUGAAUCUUGUUCUAUUACUAUGAGUUGUGAAAAUUCUCUAAACAAUUUAAACUCAUUUUUGCAUUCUACUCCAAAGAAAAAUAGUAAUGACAAAAUAAUAUUGAAUGAAGACCAAAGUAUUCCUGAAGUAGUAAGGUUAAAUAUUGCGAGAAUAUUCAAUGUGUACCGUAAUGGUGUGAAUAUUGAGAAUUUUAAAUUCAUUUAUAAUAAAUUAUACUGUACUAUUUUUGAUCCAAUUUAUUUUGGUUUUACAUCAAUUGAACAAUUGUUGAAGGUAUUAGAUCAGUUAAUUGAAGUCCGUAAUAAUGUACUAUAUCCAAAAAAUGAGUUUAAAUUAUGUGAAAAUAUGGAUUUUAAAAAUAAAAAUGAUAAUAUAUUAACAAAUGUUUGUUUAAAUGAUGAAGUAAACAUUUCUACAAGUAUAGAACAGCCAAUAUUGUCUUUUAAUGAGGGCAAAUUUAAAAAAAUGCUGUUGGUUGAAACAUAUAAUCCAAGUUUAUUUUAUUUACAAUUAUGUUAUAAAAUUGUGGAACUUGAUCGUUUAAUAGUGCAAAUGAAAAAUUUUUAUGAAACUGAAAAUAAAAACUAUUUUGUCAAACUAGAACAAAUUUUACCUGGUUCAUUUUAUGCAUCUUCUUAUACUUCAUUUUCAAAUCUAAAACAGUGGUAUAGAGUUAGAGUUUUAAGAGAAGUUAAUCCAACCACUGUUGAAGUUAUUCAUGUGGACUACGGAACUGUUGAUAAUAUACCUAAGACAGAAUUACGAUUUUUGAAAGUUGAAUUUUGUAAUUUACCAUGUCAAGCGAUCCAUUGUUGUUUGACUGGUUAUAAUGAACUUGACUCAAUUGCACCUGAAGUUACAAAUGCAUUUUUAAAAAUCAUAAAUAAAAAUAAGGAGGUUUUGGUUAUGGUCGAUGAUAAUUUUAUAUUGAGCAAACAUUGCCAAAUCUUACACGUCACUUUGUUCCAAAAUAAACCAAAGGAUCCAAAAAAACUAGAAAAUAUUAAUUACGAGUUAACUAUAAGGCAUUUGAAAUGUUAAGAAUUAAACACUUUCAAGACAACUAUUAUUGGACACGUCAAUCUGUGAUACUGCUGUGAAUUAUUCAAUUCUCCGCAGUUGUCUAGAUUAUUUUAUUAUUAAACUUUUUGUUAAAAUUAUUUAAUUUAAUUUAAUUUCUUUUUUAGUUUUAGUUUUAUUUGAUCUUACUCGCUACAUUUUAAAGUUUUGGUAAGAACUUAUCUGUAUUUAUAUAUAUAUUUUUUAAUUAUUCAUUAUUAUUUUUUUAAGCUUUUACUGGCAUAACUUACAGUGAUCUUUUAGUUGACAAAUGGCAUAUGCAUAUUGCGGUCACUUUUUUAAAAUACAUAAGUUUUUACUACGCGUACACGUCUGUACGCGGUACAUAUAUAUACAUAAAAAAAAACAACAAAAUAUGGGAUCAGUUUAGUACAUUUUAAAAACGUAAAAAACUAUAGUGGAUAGCACCCACUCAUUUAAGCGUGCUUAUAAUAAUCCUCUCCCCACUUUAAAAACCAACUAUUGUUCAUUAUAUUGUCAUUAUUUUGUUGUGUAUAUCGUAUAUACAUAAAAUAUUUUAUUUAUUAUAUGCGUGUACAAUUUAUUCGCGACGUCUGCUCGUUUCUACAGCUAUUGUUUGUUCGAGAUUUAUGUUAACGAAAAACAAUACAAUAACGUUUGCAAUGUUUUUAAAAACAAAACCGAUUAGUAUAUAGCAAAAUCGUGUUUUCUUGGGCGAGUAUAUAGUGUAUGUAUAUUGCAUAUGGCACGUCAGGGUAUUAUUUGCACUUUGUUGCAGAACAUAUUAUAAUGUACCUGCUAUUACGUGCGGUUUUAAAUUUUCAUAUUUAUAAUUGUUUGGUUUGAGAUUACCAUGAAUCGUAAUCACAAAAAUUAAUAAGCUUAUGUGUUAUUCAUGUACCGCGACGACGUCAUGAUAUUACCAUCAU